UUCCUUGGUCAAAAGGUUGCCAUCUUUCAACUUUGGAUGAGCAAGGAACAGCAACGGGAGCAGCCACCGUCCCUUUAUUCAGGCGCAAGAGAUAGCGGCGUGGGUUGCUUAUAAAAAACUCUUUCUUCUGUCCAUCUCCUUUCGUACUGAAAUUGAUCGUUGGUUCAACUUGGGCAAUUCCGAUAUCAUCACUAGCCAUCAACAAGCCUAGAAGAAGAUAAUCAUCCAUUGUCCAUGCUUGGAGUUGGAACUUUGACCGUACACAACUCAUCCAGAUCGAGAUGAUGCAGUGCCUCUCUCUCAAAACAUCUUCAGCAGCAUCCACAACACACUCACCACCUCCAAACAACGGUGAUUAUAACUGCCCUCCGGCUUCGCAAGCUGGGAACUCUGCGGAUGGAACACCAAGAUCAAGCACACAGCCAUCCCCUACUGUUAACCUCACUCGAGAAUACACCAUCGCUGUCCAGACCAAUUCCUAUAACGAGAUGUGGUCCAGGAUUCAUUAUGACGAAGCUCAAAUUGAAGAAAUUCGUGAUAAUUACAAUGAGGAGGAUGCUAACCGCUUGCUUAUGACUCAAGUUCUUCAACCAAAUCGAGAAUGUGUGGAAGAAGCUCUUCGUGACGCCAAGCCUAACACUCUCACUCGACUUGUAACCACCUACUUUGUCAACAGCGAAAACACUAGCCAACUCUGCAUUCUUCUACAACGGAGUGUUUAUCGUGCCCGUGCUCUUUAUGGUCCUCUUCAUAAACUUCUGGAUGUUAUUCCUACUGACUCAGAAUCCCUGUCUCAAUCACAAUGCGAUUGUGCUUUUGAUGUCUUUCUCCAAUUUGAUGGCGUUGACAACCCUUUCCCUUGCCCCGAGUCGCAUAACUUUAAUGAAAUGCAGCAGUGCUUUUCGCAACUGAAGCAGCAACUAGAACGGCGAAUCCGCAAGUCACGCUCUAGAAUCCACCUAGUUCGCCGAGCCACUUUUGGCUCUGCCCUUUGCGUCAUUGGCUCUGUUGUUGCUGUUGUAGUAUCUGCUGUGGGAAUCGCAAGUCAUGCAUUUGUUGCCAUUGCUGCCACCCCGAUAUGCACACUGCCGUGUCUCCCUCGCCGCUUGACUAAGAAAGAGCUUGCCCGUGUCGAGCAACUUGAUUCUGCUUCUAGGGGUACAUAUGUGCUGAACAAUCAACUUGCUACCCUUGAACGGCGUGUUGCUCGUUUGUAUGAUGCUGUCGAGUGUGAUAAGCAUCUUAUUGAGAUUGGAUUGGAGGGCGGUAAGGACUUGCAUCCCAUUUCAGAGGUUUUGAAACAGCUUAAAAAGAACCAUCUCAAUUUCAUUGAACAGCUCAAGGAUCUCGAGGAGCAUAUAUGCCUUUGUUUUAAUGCUGUCAAUAGGGCCAGAGGUCUGCUUCUUCACGAGAUCCAUCGCCAUCAAAUUUCUACUUCCUAACAACUGAUGACCUGUUUUGAGUCGCAUUUACUUCCUAUAGACUAACUUCAUUGCUCUGUAUUAACAUCUUUCCAACUCUGAUUAUGAAACAUUGCCCUUUACCCGCUUUUAACAAUGAGCAUCAGGGAAAUCAUGGCACUUUGUAUACCGAAAAAUGCAAUCAGUUCCCAGACCCUUUUUUAUUGGAGGUAUCUUCGCAUGAUCUGUUUUGAGCCACUACACCUGGUUUGUUCUUUCAUUUCAUCUUUCCUGCCACAUUAUAUAUCUUUGAUUAAUAAAAGCUGAUUUGUUAACUUUCUAGAGGUGUAUGAUAUUCACUUCCCAGUUAAAUAUGAUUUUCUCUUCAGGUCAGAUGCGUAUCUGUGAUAUUUUCUAGAAUAUUUUUGGAUAGUUUUAGGAUAGACAUCUCCCUUGUCGCUUCAAUUCGUUGAUGAAAGCUACCAGUACCCAGUACAUAAGAGGUCAAUGUGGAAGGUACAGCACUUUCAUAAUGUAUGUGUUUACUGUAUACAAAAUGGAUGUUAUCCCCAAUAUCAUCAAUUCAAUUUGAAAUACUAGAAGAUGAUUUUACCUGGGCAA